UUAAACUGAUCACAGCGUACCCAAGCUGCUGCAAGAAUCUCUAGUCAAAGCUAAUCACCCCUCUGUGUACCCGAACGCAACACAGCCAAGGAUUAUGCAUUUAGUCAGAGGCAAAGGCUAAGUCUCUAACUGCGAAGCAUCAUUUUACCACAAGAAAAACUGUCUCGAGGGAACGGAAUAACACCAAAAAAACAAAAUCUUUCCACCUGCAGAAAUAAACGGAUGAUCCCUGUAUUUUUUUAAAGACAAACUUUUUCAUUUCCUCUCCCCCCCCCCAGUCUUGGAUGUGCAUUUGUUUUGUUGUCUCUUGCCCACCGGUGGGAGGGAGUGAAGAAAGAUUUCUUUUCAAUUUCCUUGUGACAGGAGUCACGAUAACAUACCGGGAGCCACGAAAAGAACACAACGUUUUUAACAUUAAGCAACAUUUUCACCAUAUUUUUUUCUAAAAUAUCUCAAUGCUUUACCAGAUGUUAUCAGCGCGCGCAAUAAACCGAUCGUGAGAAAGUGACCAGUUCAAACUCUGGAGUUGCACUGCAUACACAAAUGCCGGGGAUCAAUACAAACACGCAGCGGUAUGAAAGCUUGGCGAUGGAAUACGAUCGCUAUCAGCAUUAUUUCUACGAUGACCACGAAACAGAUGAAGACUUUUAUAAAUCCACUGCACCAAGCGAGGACAUUUGGAAAAAAUUCGAACUGGUGCCAACCCCGCCCAUGUCACCCAUCAGAAUUCUUGAAGGUGGGGGCACCGUGUAUCCUUCGCCGGGUGAUAAACUAGAGUGGGUAACCCAGGUCUUGGGACAGGAAGAAGAACAGGAGGGACAAUACAAAAUCGACACAGAGGAGAUUUUUGGAAACCUAAGUUCCAUUAUUAUUCAAGACUGCAUGUGGAGCGGCUUUUCUGCAAGCCAUCAGCUGGAGAAAGUUGUCAGUGAGCGUCUGUCUGGUUCGGCGCUGACGAAACUACCCCUCACGCUCCAGGCUGGUACAAACCAGUCCAGCAAACCCCAGCUCCCUCAUCAGGACGCGCCUCCUCUGAGCACUUUAGCUACAGAUUGUGUGGACCCGGCGGCUGUUCUCACCUACCCAUUCAGUGGGAGCUGCAAAAAGCAGGCGUCGUCUGGGUCAGAGUCUCGCACCGACUCUUCCGAAGACGAGGAGAUCGAUGUGGUGACGGUGGAGAACAAGCAGAACAAGUCUCGGCUGCUGGGCGGACGCAAGCCGGUGACCAUCACUGUGCACGCCGACCCCCACGACCCCUGCAUGAAGCGCUUUCACAUCUCCAUCCACCAGCUGCAGCACAACUACGCCGCCCCGUCCCCCGACUCCUACCCCGACCCGGAGCCUCCCAGGAAGAGGGCCAGGCAGGAGCCCACCUACCAGCCCGCCGGCUCGCCCCCCAGCUCCCCGGAGAAACGGCCCUCCCCGUCGCCAGACCUGGAGCCCGCCUCGCCUCCUCCUCCGCCCGACUCUCCCGCAUCCCCGCAGGGCAGCCCGCAGAGCUCGGACUGCGAGGACACGGACAAGCGCAAGACCCACAACUUCCUGGAGCGGAAGAGGCGCAAUGACCUGCGCUCCCGCUUCCUGGCCCUGCGGGACGAGAUCCCUGGCCUGGUGGACUGCCCCAAGACGCCCAAGGUGGUGAUCCUGACCCGGGCGAGGGAGUACCUGCGGCAGCUGCACGCCAGCGACAGGCACAAGGCCCAGGAGAGGAAGCAGCUCAAGUCGCGUCAGCUGCAGCUGCUGAGGAAGCUGGCGGACUUAAAGCGCUCGUAAAAACAUCAGGCGCGGGACUUACGGGUGAAUCCCUCUCUGCUUCUACACACAAGCGACUGUUGGGCAAGUGGGAAGGUGGACAGAUUUAUACAUUUAUUCUUUUUUUGUGUAGAGAGGGUGAGGGGAAGUUCUAUUAUUUUUUUGCACAUUUACUUCUUAUCUGAAGAGAACAACAUAAAUGGGGAUGGAGGAUCACGGUGGACAACAUAUAUAUAUAUAUAUAUAUAUAUAAAUAUAUAUAUAUAUAUUUCACGGACACUUCUCGGGAGAAAAGGAAUUGGACGCUGACCAUAUUCAUUUGGAUUCCACAAGUGGUUCUGACUUGUUGAAAUGAUUCUGAAUGAAAGUCCUAAAAAAGUCCAUAUGUGCCAAUGGGGAAAUUAUUUCAAGAAUGUAAUUAAGAUCAGGAGGAAUUGGCAUCAUCGAGCUUGUCUGUACCUUUUGUCAUGUUUGGAGAAUAGCGUGUAAAUUAAUUUUACCACCUAUUCCAUAAGAAUUCUGUAUUUGAAAAUGUUUCUUUAAACCUGUGUUAUUCCAUCUAUGUACUAGUGGAGUGACGCUUAGUUCAGCAUUGCUGUGUGUAUAGACAUCGACAAGUUAUCAAAUAGAUGUACAUAACUGUGACAAACUCUGUGUAUAUACGUUUCUGUAAAAAGUUAUUCUUUCAGAUUUCAAGAACCAAAAUCAAAACUGUUGACUUCUUUUCUAUUUGUUUCCCUUGUUUUCUGAAACUUGGUCAGCCCAGCAGGUUUCCCAAGAAUAUUGCAAAGCUUCUAUUUUUGUUAAAAAAAAAAAGAUAAAAUAAAAAAUAAAAUGACACUAUUGUACUUUACUUUGAUCACACUAGCCACUUUGUGAUGCUGUUUUCUCACUGCCUGUACUUACUUUUCUUGGUUGUUUAUUGAUUUGUAUACAGUGUUUGAAAUGCAGAAAAAUUUAUACUAUAUUUUCCUACAACAUUCAUUUUUGUGUGUUACGAGAAGACUCAUUCUGCGCUCAACGCUAUGGGCCUGCUUCACUGGUGGUGUGUGCAGGGCUGCAGUCAUUGUACAUUUGUAGUGGUCUGAUGGUUGCUGUGGGGGAGAUUGAUGCCAUGCUGUGUUCUUUGGCACAGGCUGGGAAUGCAGAAGAACACUGUAAUGCAUUACCAGGCAACUGGAAAAUAGACUGUUGAUCCCAAUUGUUUCACAAAAUGCUCAAAAAUGUAACUUUUGCACAAUCCAACCACCCAACUUUUCAUAGGAGAAGUACGGAUUCGAAGAUCUAAGAGCUCUCUUUGCCAACGCACAACCUCAGCCUGCCUUGGUUUCAUAUAACUAAAAUCAAACUUUGUGCUGGCAGUUUACAGCAUGUAGGUAAAUUUACCUGUGGUCUAUACAGAGGUAUUAUUGAAUUGUAUCUAUACUAGCGAUCCCUAAGCUUUUGAAGUUUUUGCAAAAUGUAUGUAGAUGAUGGCACUUUUUUGGCAGGGUUUGUGUGUUUUGAGGUGGGGGCAGGGGGCAGAGGGCUGUUCAGUUUGAGUAAUAUUCUGCCACAGCUACAUCUCUAAAGCUUUGGAUCGUUUUGCAGUGCAGCAAGAACAUGUCUCCCUGUCCAAAUUAAUUCCAUACAUCAAAUCCUGGCAUAUUUAGUCUGCAUCAGCUGACAAAGGUCAAAGGUCAUGCCACUUUGUGUGUCCACAGUUCUUGCGGCCCAAUUUCCAUGUCAUCGGCAAGCUUUUGCACCGAAACCAUUUUGGAAGGAGGGCCAUCUUACUGUUUCAUUACUUUCUUUGGUGCCAUAUGCUUAGUCCAGCAUAUGCCACCACAUAAAUGAGUUUUCUUUUCCUUCUGCUGUGUGGGAAGACUAAACCCAUAGGAAUUACUGUUUUGAUCAUUUUUUCUGUUGUUUUGUCAUUUGUCUUUGCAGUUGGCUUGUUUAUAUUUGCAGCUGGAAUGUUUGAGUGUAGAAUGGCUGCAACCUCAAUUUAGCACUUUGUGUUCAGUACCUCAUAAGAUUAUAAACAAAUCAAAGAAUAAAUUCAAUUUCAAAAUA